CCCCCACCACCUGAGGCUCCCGCAGAGGCACCUGCCCAGGCUACAGAGGAGGUCGCUGCUGCCACCGCGAGAGGCCCCAAAGGAAGAAUCAAAGGAUGCUGAGCCCGUCACGGAGUCUGCUGGCGAAGCUCCAGCAGAACCUGCGGCCGAGACCGUGGCUGCUGAACCUCCUAAGGAGGAAGCCAAGACCGAUGCUUGCCGCCGAGGCUAAGAAGGAAGAGAGGCCAAAGAGCCCUGGCUUGAUCUCCAAACUGCUCUCCUCGAUCAAGGAGGGUCAGAAGCAGGUCGCAAAGAAAGUCAAGGUUCCUAGGAGCCCCAAGAAGGACAAGAAGAAGGAACUUAAGGAAGAGGCUCCUGCCUCUACCGAGGAGGCCCCCAAGGAAGAGCCUGCUCCCGAGGCCAAACCCGCGGAGACUUCUGCUGAGGCUCCCGUAGUUGAGGAAGCGCCCGCUGAGCCGGUCAAGGAAACUGAGACUGCAGAGCCCGCUCCUGCCGAGCCUGCUGCCGAUGCCCCUGCAGAGGCACCCGCCGAGUCCACUGAGGCUCCCAAGGAGGACAAGGUAGAGGAGAAGGCGGCAGAGGAGAAGAAAAAGGACGACAGCAAGGCUCUCAAGGUCGGCCGUCGUUUGUCUGCCCGGGUCGGUGACUUCUUCCGACCAAAGAAGAGCGAAGUUUCUACGCCCGCCAAGGUCGACGAACACCCACCUAAGAUCGACGAACCUACUCCAUUGGCUCCCUUGGAGAACCCUGCCGUUCCGGUUGCAACAGAACAAGCACCUGUUGAGGAGACUGCUGCUCCCGCUGAGCCCGCGCCUGCUGCUGCGCCUGUUAUCGCUGCUGCUGCAUAAACAAGGAAGGUUGCGCUGAUCUAAAGUCUACCUCACGAACGACAUGAGCUAUUCUCCGCUUCAUUCAUCUUUUGGUAUGUCGUGUGGGUCGUUAUGGUCCACUUCCGACGUCGGCGGUUUCUUUCCUUCUGUUUAUGUUUCUCUAUGAUUCUAAUACGUUACUCAUUGGAUCCGGUUCACUUUUUGACGACCCUACUCAUCAUCAUGACUGCUUCGAUC